UGUACUGCUCCUCUACCUUGCUUCUGAAGCAACCCAUUGGAUUCACCCUCACCUUCUCUCACUAUCAAUCUUCUCUCCUCACUAUCAAUCUUAAGCUUAAGAAGCAACCUCUGGAUUCACCCUCAUCAUUCUCUCUCUCUCUCUCUCUAUUUGCAGAGCAAUUCUCUCAUGCCAAAAAGAGUCAUCAUUCACAACUUCAGAACCUAUAUUUUACAGCUAUUGCAGUGUUGAAGUCUUUCUCUUUCUCUCUCUUCGCCUGCUGCUCCGCUUGUUCGAACGUGAACUUGAGGAGAUAUAUUUGAAGCGAACUUGAGAUGAUAUUCUUCAGGAUGAUUCGGUAAAUUAAGGAAGAGACAAGCUUCUUCCACAUGUGUAGAGAAAAUGAGCAGAAGCCACAUAGUUUCUUCAAGCAGCUCAGCCAUCCUCAUCGAUGCCAAGCUUGAAGAGCAUCAACUGAGAGGAUCUAAACACUGCCCGAGUUGCGGCCACAAGCUCGAAAGCAAACCAGAUUGGUUUGGGCUACCAGCUGGGGUUAAAUUCGAUCCCACGGAUCAAGAGCUCAUUGAGCACUUAGAGGCAAAGGUUUCUGUUCAAGGAUUGAUCAGAUCUCAUCCUCUUAUAGAUGAGUUCAUACCAACAAUUGAAGGUGAAGAUGGCAUAUGUUACACACAUCCUGAGAAGCUCCCAGGUGUGACAAGGGAUGGACUGAGCAAGCACUUCUUCCACCGGCCAUCGAAGGCAUACACAACGGGGACAAGAAAGAGGAGAAAAAUACAAACCGAAACCGAUAUCCGGCGAGGGGAAACGCGGUGGCACAAAACGGGAAAGACCAGAGCUGUGAUGGCUAACGGAAGGCAGAAAGGAUGCAAGAAGAUACUGGUGCUGUACACCAACUUCGGGAAGCAUAGGAAGCCGGAGAAAACGAACUGGGUGAUGCACCAGUAUCACCUUGGUGAGAUGGAGGAGGAGAAAGAAGGGGAGCUGGUGGUGUCCAAGAUAUUCUAUCAGACUCAGCCGAGGCAGUGUGGGACUGUUGGUGCAGGAGAGACAAUUGGGAUUUUGAACUGUUCUUCAUCGAAGCAAGCAGUUGAUGGGGCUGGUGUGGUUGGAGUGUAUGGUGGUGUGGAGCAGUUGCAGAAGGAGGAGAUGAGUCGGGAUGUUGAGUUCAGUUUUGAUCCGUUUAGGAAGGGAUUUGAUGAGGUAGGCUUAGGAGAGAAAGCAUCAAACUGCUUGUCAGAAGCAUCAAUAAGCAGAGAGGAAGGUGCAUUCCACAUAAACAGAUCUACUAACUCCAUCUCAGCCAUUAUCUCUCCAGCUUCUACAAUCCAACAUGCAUCCAUGAUUCUUGAAGAUCCAUAUCAUGUCUCAAGACUUCUCUUCCAGUCAGAUAAGUUUCAGCAACAGCAACAAAAACUGGUGGAAAGACCCGCUGGUGCUGGCCUAGAGGAGAUGAUAAUGGCCUGCACAUCAACUAAUAUAAAACCACAGGAAACAUCACUUCCACAUCCUCAAGAGCCAGAAUGGCUGAAGUACUCAUAUUGGUCACCUGACAGCCAUGAUCAUCAUGAGUAAUAACAAAGGAGAGAGAAGCCAAGAAAAUACAUCAUCAUAAGUACUGGAAAGGAAAAUCUUCUCUUAAAGAUGAAUCAAUCGAGGAAAAUAUAUAAAAAGGGCCUCAUCUCUCUCUCUCUCUCUAUGUGAGAGCUGAAAGCUCAGUUGACGAAGCUAUAUAAUAAUAAUUCAGGUUGGCAUGAAACAUACUGUAAUGUUGUUACUAGAGAACAAAAGAGAGAAAAGAAAAAAGAAAACAAAUUACUAACAGGAUUUAAUUUCCUUUUGUUGGAUUUUUGCUCAUUGAUUCAGCAGCAGAGUCUCAUGUAUUUAACUUGUCACAUUGUCUCUAUCAGAGCUACUCACCAAAUUUAAAAUUUGUCGUCAACAAUCAUUCACAAAAUUCAAAAUAAACGAAUGUGAUCACAUAUAUGCACGUAUGGCCGGCUCAUAACCCCCUUUGUUCAAGAAAAUGUGAUAAAAAAAUCAUGGUGCAAUUACUUUCCAAAAGGCUUGGCCAUCUACUUCUAUGAAGACUGCAAUUAAGAAGAAACAUGAAUGAACUGGGUCUU